GGGGGUCACUGGGGUGCCUGGAUGCCCUCGUCCAUCUCAGCCUUCGAGGGCACAUGCGUCUCCAUCCCCUGCCGCUUCGACUUCCCCGACGAGCUGCGGCCUGCUGUGGUGCAUGGUGUCUGGUACUUCAACAGCCCCUACCCCAAGAACUACCCCCCGGUGGUCUUCAAGUCCCGCACCCAAGUCGUGCACGAGAGCUUCCAGGGUCGCAGCCGCCUCCUAGGGGACCUAGGCCUCCGCAACUGCACUCUCCUGCUUAGCACCCUGAGCCCUGAGCUGGGCGGCAAGUACUACUUCCGGGGGGACCUGGGUGGCUACAACCAGUACACCUUCUCAGAGCACAGCGUGCUGGACAUCAUCAACACCCCCAACAUCGUGGUGCCCCCGGAGGUGGUGGCAGGCACAGAAGUGGAGGUCAGCUGCAUGGUGCCGGACAACUGUCCUGAGCUGCGGCCAGAGCUGAGCUGGCUGGGCCACGAGAACCUAGGGGAGCCAGCCGUGUUGGGGCGGCUGCGUGAGGACGAGGGCACCUGGGUGCAGGUGUCGCUGCUCCACUUCGUGCCCACCAGGGAGGUCAACGGCCACCGGCUGGGCUGCCAGGCCACCUUCCCCAACACCACCCUGCAGUUCGAAGGCUACGCCAGCCUGGACGUCAAGUACCCUCCGGUGAUUGUGGAGAUGAACUCCUCGGUGGAGGCCAUCGAGGGCUCCCACGUGAGCCUGGUCUGCGGGGCCGACAGCAACCCGCUGCCGCUGCUGACCUGGAUGCGGGACGGCAUGGUGCUGCGGGAGGCAGUGGCUGAGAGCCUGUACCUGGAGCUGGAAGAAGUGACGCCCGCCGACGACGGCGUUUACGCCUGCCUGGCAGAGAACACCUACGGCCAGGACAACCGUACCGUGCAGCUCGGCGUCAUGUAUGCACCCUGGAAGCCGACAGUGAACGGGACGAUGGUGGCCGUGGAGGGGGAGACGGUGUCCAUCCUGUGCUCCACGCAGAGCAACCCAGACCCCAUCCUCACCAUCUUCAAGGAGAAGCAGAUCCUGACCACCGUCAUCUACGAGAGCGAGCUGCAGCUGGAGCUGCCGGCCGUCACACCUGAGGAUGACGGGGAGUACUGGUGUGUGGCCGAGAACCAGUUUGGCCAACGAGCGACUGCCUUCAACCUGUCUGUGGAGUUCGCGCCUGUGAUCCUCCUGGAGUCUCAUUGCGCCGCGGCCCGGGACACCGUGCAGUGCCUGUGCGUGGUGAAAUCCAACCCGGAGCCAUCCGUGGCCUUCGAGCUGCCCUCGCGCAACGUGACGGUGAACGAGACGGAGCGGGAGUUCGUGUACUCAGAGCGCAGCGGCCUCCUGCUCACCAGUGUCCUCACGCUGCGGGGCCAGGCCCAGGCCCCGCCCCGGGUCAUCUGUACUUCCCGAAACCUGUAUGGCACCAAGAGCCUGGAGCUACCGUUCCAGGGAGCCCAUCGACUGAUGUGGGCCAAGAUCGGGCCUGUGGGAGCCGUGGUCGCCUUCGCCAUCCUAAUCGCCAUCGUCUGCUACAUUACCCAGACCCGCAGAAAAAAGAACGUGACACAGAGUCCCAGCUUCUCUGCGGGGGACAACCCACCCGUCCUGUUCAGCAGUGACUUCCGCAUCUCUGGGGCACCUGACAAAUAUGAGAGCGAGAGGCGCCUGGGAACUGAGAGGAGGCUGCUGGGCCUGCGCGGGGAGCCCGCGGAGCUGGACCUGAGCUACUCCCACUCGGAGCUGGGCAAGCGGCCUACCAAAGACAGCUACACCCUGACGGAGGAGCUGGCUGAAUACGCCGAGAUCCGCGUCAAGUGAGGGGACUUGGGGACUGCCCGGGCAGCCACACCCCUCCCCUCAGGACCCUCGCUGGCCCCCACUGGCUGCGGGCUCCCUUCCUCCCCAUGGCAGCGGGGAGUGGGGCAGGAAGGAGCUGGGGAUCCAGUGAUGGAGUGGCCUUGGGGCCCAGCCGCCCUUCCCUCCCUGCUGGCCACCCCCACACCACGGCUCCCCUCUAACCUCCUCUAACCCUCUGUGUCCGGAGGGGAGCUCUGUCUGUGCGUGUUAUUUAUUACUGCCCUGCCUGGUCCCCUGCCCCUGCACCUGGCCCCAGGACCUGUACAUAAGGAACAUGAA